CUUAGACCCCGCUCCUGUGGUGGGCGAGUAACCCUGCCGUGGUUGAUGGACCUUAAACCCAGAAGACUCAAACCAGCUGAAUGCAUCCCAAAAGUAAGAAACUCAAAACUAAUAAUGAAACAACAGCUGAAGGAAAUCAGUUACAGUCAACUGGUGGAGAUAAAGUCAGCCACAUAGCUAAUAUGGACACUAAGAGUCAAAACUCUACUGCAGAGAGCCAUGUUGAUAAUAUUUCAAUUGCCCAGCAGUUGCUGGAGAUUGAGAAAAAUCAGUGUGAAGACCUCUUGAAAUUAGACUAUGGGGAAAAGAUUUGUUACAUUUAUAACCCUGUGGACUAUGCUCAUGAAUUGCACUCAGAUUUUGUCAUAAAGUACGGCAACUGGCGAAAGAAAGUGCUCAUGCUGGGGAUGAACCCUGGUCCGUGGGGAAUGGGGCAAACUGGGGUACCUUUUGGACAUGUAGGAUAUACUAAAGAUUGGUUGGAUAUAAAAGGAAGUGUAUCAAAGCCUAUAAAGGAACAUCCCAAGAGACCAGUUACUGGGCUGGAAUGUACAAGAAAUGAAGUGAGCGGUGACCGCAUGUGGGGACUCUUGAAGGAUUUGAGUGGCUCUCCCCAAGUAUUGUUUUCUCACUUAUUCCUCCAUAACUACUGCCCACUUUUCUUUCUCAAGGAGUCUGCCAAAAAUGUCACGCCCCCUGAAUUGAAGGUAAAAGAACGUGCCAGACUGGAACAAAUUUGUGAUGACGCAUUAGUGAAGACAAUAGAACUUCUUGGGGUGGAGCAUGUUAUCGGUGUAGGUAACUAUGCUACAGUGCGAACACGGGCCGCACUCCUCAAAGCCGGCAUAGAAGGUGUCCAGGUCAGCACUCUGAUGCACCCGAGCCCUGUCAAUCCAGCUGCAAAUAAAGGCUGGCAUGCAAUUGCAACGAAGCAGUUAACAGACAGUGGUAUCAUACACUAUUUUAAACCAAAUCCUUGAGGCUACACAAGAAAG